AUGAGUGUAGAUGUUUAUUUUGUUAUCCAAGUUGAAUCAAAGAAAAGGAAGAGAUUAGCUCUUCAGAAAGAUGCAAAAGACAAUAUUAUUGAUCUUUCUUCUAAUAGAAAGGCUUCAUUAAGGUCCAAGUCUUUUGUAGAUAUUUCAUCUUCUUCCAAAGGAACUUCAUCAGUCAAAAUUGUUAAAGUUAAGAAGGUUUCCAAAGUCAUUAAAAGUCCAAAUGAAGAUGAUGAUUUUGUUUCUGUUCCUGUUGUCGGUCAAGUAAAUGUUAAGAAAGCUGAAAUUGUAUAUAGGUAUCCUCCAGGUUUAGUAUCUAGUAUAUACAGAAGCCUUAAUGAUAAUCAGAAAGAUGUUGUUAAGGAAAUAAGGUUUGGAUUUGUUGAAGACUUUGUCGUUAAAAAAUUUUCUAGGGAAAUUUGUUCGUGGGUUCUUGAGAGAUAUGAUGAAAAGAGAAAUGUUCUUUGUAUCAACAAUAAGGAUAUUCAUAUUACUAGGAGAGGUGUGCAUGACAUAUAUGGACUUCCAAUGGGUGAUAUUUCUAUGAAAAUUCCUAAGAAAAGUCGUUCUGGGAUUGUUGUUAUUAAAAAUUGGAGGAAUCAGUUUUCUAUUUCUAGGAUUAGGCUUCCUAAUCUCAGAGAGCUUUUAGAAAAAAGCACUGAUUCAGAUUCAAUUCAUGUCAAGAAUCCUCAAGACACUGGUCCUGUUGCGUUUUUAGUGUUAUUGUAUCUUCAUUGCACAAAGUCAUCAUCAGAGUCAUUUGAAAGGGUAUAUCCUGCAUCAUCUUAUUGGUCUCCCGUUAAAGUUAAAGAUAAAUUGAAAGAAGCAUUUAGUGAUGGAGGUUAUGAAAAAGUUGAAGUCAUUCAAACAUAUGAAGAUUUUGUUGAUGAUGCAAUAGUUAAAGAUUCUGAAACAGAAACAGGAAUCAAUAUUGUUCACGAGAAAUCAAUUGAGAAUGAAGUUCCUUUUGUUUUGGAUUUUGCUGACAAAGGAAAAAAAGUUGUUGGAGAUAACACAAAGGAGAAUCAAGUGAGAGAUAAUGUUCAUGUUUUUGUGGAUAAUGCUGAUAAAGGAAAGAAGUUUGUUCAAGAGAACAUAAUUGAUGAUGAAAUGAGAAAUGAUGAUUGGAUGGAUAGCAGUCCUUCUGUUCCUCGAUUUCAUAUUAUUUUUGAUGGUUCAAAGUCUUUAGAGGAUUUUAAGGAGAAAAUUGAUUUUUUGUUUAAAAAGUUAUAG